ACACACGUACCAAUACAUUUAACUCUGUUGCGCCCUACUGGCCAAAAGGGGUUUAGUGGUUUCAAUGCAAAAAAACAAAAGUCACCUGUAAUGGUAGAAGUAGAAAGAGUGUGUGUGGCAGUCAUUUUACUCUGGUUUGUUACCAAAUAUCCUUCCAUCCUCACCCUAGGAACAUAACAAGGCACUCCAAACCUGUGUAACCAACUCGUUGCUCUUCAUCCAACAGAAACGAAGCUUUGUGUACAAAUUUCACACCAAGUCAUUUAAUUCUGAGUAAAAUUGAGACGAUAUCGUCAUUGUUUCAGUCUUCAUGCUUUUUCUGAUGUUUUUGUUAGGUGGUUAAAGUAUGUACAGUAUAUAUAAACACUUUUAAACAUUUUCAAACAAAGGCAGGAUUUAUGUGUCCUGUGAGAGAGUAAAAAAAAAAAAAGAGCGAGCCCGAUUAAUCGAGGUAGGUAACAAAAGCCGGGCCUCUCAGCCCCGGAUGUGCCAAGCUCAUGAAGAAGAGUGGGGUCCAUCUUGCGAGCCUGCAGCAUGUUUGCAUGCCGUGAGGCCUCCUCCAGCCAGGAGCAGGAAUGUGUGCUACUCUUGAUCUAUGUAGGCCAGGCCUGUGCGACUUGCAUGGACCUUUUCUCUCUUUUUGGCUUAAAAAGUUCAAGUCAUUAUUCUCCUGCUGCUAUUCAGACCAAGUCCUGUCAGCUCAUUGUUAUUCAGGCCCAGUGAGGGAGCGAGAGAGUAGCAGGCCACUGGUUUGGCUGACCGGGCUCUGGUGAGAAGCCGGGUGGACGUAGAGGGGAGGGGGAGGCAGCGGAGACAGCUACUGGACACUUUUUUUUUUUUUUCAUUUUGCAUCCGUGAAGGCAUGUUGCUAAUCGGCUCAGUAAUGAGGAGAGGUACUGAACGGCACCAAAUAUCUGACCUCCAUUCUUGUGUGCAGGCGAGGGAGGAAGAGAGCAAGAGAGAGAGCGCAUGUGAAAAAGGGGUGGAGGGGAGAUGAGAUUUAGUGGCCUGCCUGCCUGCUCAAACAACCCCCCACUCACUCAAACCAGCCGGCGCAAGAAAAGAGAGGACAACUCGCUCGCUCGACAAUGAGAUGAGAACAAGAGCAUCCUGACCAAGCAGAGCACGUUCCAUCAGUACCAACACGCUCAGAGACAGAAAAAAAAUUGAAGUGCAAAAUGUCGCGAACGGACGAAGUCAACAAGAUGACGGAAAAUGUUUAUAAGGGUAUUCUGGACCACUUUAACCCCAGUCUGAAGAAUUUUGUCACCAUGGGAAAACACUACGAGAAAGCCCUCACAGGAGUGACAGUGGCAGCAAAGGGCUACUUCGACGCUCUGGUCAAACUGGGAGAGCUGGCCAGCGACAGCCAAGGCUCCAAAGAGUUGGGAGACACAUUGUUUCAGAUGGCCGAGGUCCAUAGACAGAUCCAGGUGCAGCUGGAAGAUGUGCUCAAGUUGUUUCAUUCCGAGCUGCUGGCCCAGCUGGAGCAGAAGCUGGAAUUGGACAUCAAAUACCUCACGGCCACACUGAAGAAGUACCAGAACGAGCGGCGUUCCAAAACCGAUUCCAUCGAACGCUGCCAGGCCCAGCUGAAGAAGCUGCGCAGAAAAAGCUUGGGUAGCCGUCACCCGAACAAGUAUGGAGACAGAGAGAUGCAGUUUGUGGAGCUGAUGAGUCGGCGCCAAGUGGAGUUGGACACGCUGGUCGCUACAGGUUACAGGUCGGCGCUGACCGAGGAGAGGAGACGAUAUUGCUUCUUGGUGGAUCGGCAGUGUUGUGUGACCAAGCUGCUCAUCAACUACCACUGCAAGGUGAGAGAGCUCCUGUCGCAGAAACUGUCGUCAUGGCAGCAGUCGUGCACUCAUCCGACCAAACUUCCGGAGCGCGCGCUCAACCUGCUGCGUCACACGGCGCCACAGAGCUCCGCGGCCGCCGGGCUCGCCGAGGUCCUCCGACACACCAAGUUGGGCUGCUCUCCGUCAGAACAGAGAUUGUCAGUUCAAGAAGUCCCACAUCUGUUGAAUGGCGAUCGUUCCCAGCAGCAGCAGCAGCAGCAGCAGCAGCAGCAACAGCAGCAGCAGCAGCAACAGCAGCAGCAGCAGCAGCAGCGCUCGGUUGCCUCCUCGUCCUCCCAGAGCGACGACGCUUAUCCUCAGGGCUCUCCUCAGACCUUCCGGCCUGUGACCGCAGCCGCAGGCUCAUCAAGAGACGCGUCCCCUCAACAUGGCUGCUCCCCCUUGAGCGUGUCGGCGGCCAGCCCCCCGGCCGAUAGCAGCGGCAGCGCCAGCCCAGUCGCAGGCGCGGCGGCCCAGCCCUCCUCUCUCCUCAUGGCCGCCAACACCAGCAACCUAUCGCCGAGUCUCAUCCCUUCCACCGUCAUGUCGCUCGGGCAGGUGUCCCCGACCGGGAGCUCCUCGCAGGGCGUCACCGUGGCCAUCCCGCACAGUGCCCCCCACAGCCCAACGCUUCCCCACAGCGCGCCGCUGUCCAGGGCCAUGACCCCCGUGCAGCUGCUGCACCAACAGGUGGGCCCGGGAGGGAACAACACGCUCCCUAGUGCUCAUCCGUGGCUGAUGAAGACUGCCGACAUGUGCGCCACAUCAACUCUUCCGUUACCCAAGAGACCUGGCAGUGAAAUGAGGCUGGGCGGCUUUCAAGGCGCCAGGAUGUUGCCUCUUUCGGGGCCCAUGCGGGUGGAAGCCGUGUUCUCUCACUCACCCGGUGUGUCAGAAGGCGGAGGAGGAGGCGGCGCUUCCUUGCUGCACUUCCUGACCGGGGACAGCAUCACCCUGCUGAUUUCCGAGCCGAGAGACGGGUGGCACUACGGGCAGAAUGAUCGGACCGGACGAAAAGGCUGGUUCCCUUUCUCCUACACUCAGCCACAACAUAGCAAGAUUGAUCACCUCGAGAGGCGAGUCAGCCUCGACUACACACCUAAAAGCUCCUUUUUCCUUUCCAAGGCCAACAGUACCAGCAUGAGCCAGCUGGACCAGCUGGUGUCGCCCAGUCUCACCCCUGAGUCGGAGGACGAGCGCUCCCUCCCUCCCCAGAGGAUCAGCACCUUCCGGCCACGCCCGUACAGCAUGGCCGACACCAACAAGAUCUGUGCACAGUUGGCCUCCUCGCCGCCUUCUCCAACAAGGACCAACCCGUUUGCCCACAUUCGUCUCCGAAGAACCGUCACGAACGAUCGCUCGGCGCCCAUCAUUGAGUGAGCGCUCCAGUUUUGACGACAGAACACAUCGUAGUAGUACUCUCCUUUCUAUUUUCUUUUUUAAAUAAUUAACCUGAUGCGAGUUAGAUUUUUAUUUUAUUUUUUAGUAUUCCUAAAGGUGAACGUGUGUGCAGGUUAAAGUGAUCUGUGAUUAGGAGAAUACAAAUUUCUAAAUUGUCCAGUUUGACUAACGCAGAGGUGGGCCACUGCUUUCUGAUCAGGGAAGUCUUUCGAGAGCUAUACUAAAGUUAUGAAGAAAAAAAAUUGUACGGAACAAAUAAUUAUAUAUUGCAAACGUAGGCCCACCACUGCUCUAGAGAAACACUAAUACUCAAAAUCAACAAUUUUUAUUAUUUUCUUUUAUAUAUGAUCAGUUGGCUGUAAUCAACAUUUUUAGGCUUCUCUUUGCUAUUUUUAGACUUUUUUUUCUUUGCUUUCUUGCCUUUUUCACAAAAGUGCUUUUAGUUGAGUGUAUUGCAGAACAGCUUCCUAUUGUAAUUGUCUUAUAAAUUCAAAUUGUUGCCUUAGGCCGCUUUAGAUUCAUGUGUUGAUGCUGCAAAGGUAGUCAUCGUGUAAAUGAUGACUUCACACUCAGGACUGAGUGUGUAGGUGAAGGUUAUGACAGUUUGAGGCCAGUAAUCGGCAAACAUGCUGCUGCUUUGACAUCGCGUGUCAACAGUGUUCUCAUCUUUUUUGGGGUCCGGUACCCUGAGGAUCACCCAUAAUUUACCAAGAAUGCAGAGGAUGUUAAAUUUACAGAAUUGUGCCGUAAAUUUAAUAAUGCAGAUGGAAAUAUUGUACAUCUGUAAAAUAGCUAAAAAUAUGUUGUUUUUCAAGAAGAAAAGGUCUCAGUCACAUUUUGAGUCAAAGAUUCCUAUUUCUAUAUUGGUUUUAGGAGCUUUUUAGAAAGAUAUUUUAUUUUCACGGACCCUUUGCAAUCACACCAUGGACCACUAGGUGGCCACGGACCACCUGUUGAGAAACUGUUUUUAAAUUUAUAUGGAGUGGAUUUUCAAAUCAUCCCCCAACCCCUCCUUGUGUAAAAAGUUAAAUCAUACUUUUAUAGCCUUUGUGAGGUACACUUAAAAUGUCAUUAAUCCGUGAAAUGAUGAAUUGUAGCUGAAAAAAGAUUUCUCCCAGUAGCAGCCAGUUUUGAAGAAUGCAAAAGAGGACUGACUGUGUUCUCCCAAGAGUUAACAUCUGGAGUGCAGGAUGCUUUUAUUUGAAAUGUUUUUUUCUAUAGGAAGAAGAAGGUUGAUGAGGUUAAGUUUUAAAGAAAAGGCUAUUCCAGUCUUGGGAUGUUUUUGAUUCCUUUUCAGUCCCCAAAACAAAGCUAGUCAUCAUGAGUGUUUACCCAGGAGACUCAACAGAAUCUUGAAUGGAUUUAAAGUAUUAUCAGAAAGUGUUUGAGAAGGUUUACAGGAAAGUUGAUGAGAGCCAAGGGAUUGUUCAAUGGUAAACAAGAUAUCAGAUGAUCUUUUAGUAGCUCUGUAGCCACAAGAAAAAAUAUUGUGUUGAUAAAGUUGACAUUCUAACUGCUAAUGUGAUAUUUUCCAUGCCUUCGGGGAUGGAGGGGGGGGGGGGUUGAUUUCACUUCACUUUGGUUUUAGGACACGAGUUUAAAAUGCUUGUGAAGAUAAAAUGGGUCAACAGUGAUCCUCUAAAAAGAAAAGAGUUCUAUCGCAGAGCAUAUUAUGUAAUUACAUGAUGAAGAGUAUACAUUCCUCUACCAAAGUGAAAUGAACACACUAUGCAUAUGUUUCUACAUUAGCCAUGUAAGACUCUAUGUGGCAGCAAUUUCCUAACAUGCGAUAAUUAAUACUUUGUGUGAAAUAAAGAAAAAUCUGUGACAGACA